GAGAAUUUAUGGCGGCUGAAUAAGAGAGGACGACGCAUGUAUCUGUAUCUCGAGGUGUAGAAUCAAUAUACGACACGCCGCUAUAAAUUCCACAGAAGAUAUCAUAUAAUAUUAGUAUAUAAAGUAUAGGGUUGAUUCGGAGAAAGAGGUUAAAGUAUUAGAUUGAAACAACAAAUCUCAGGGGAAGAAGAAGAGAGAAUGGAUUCGGCGGAGAAGGGCUUGCUUGUUGUGAGCGACAGAGAAGAAGUAAACAAGAAAGAUGGGUUUUUGCGGGAAACGAAGAAACUUAGUUACAUCGCCGGUCCGAUGAUUGCAGUGAACUCGUCUAUGUAUGUUCUUCAGGUGAUAUCUAUAAUGAUGGUUGGUCAUCUCGGUGAGCUUUUCCUCUCUAGCACCGCCAUUGCUGUUUCUUUCUGCAGCGUCACCGGUUUCAGCGUCGUUUUUGGAUUGGCUAGUGCGUUGGAAACUUUAUGUGGUCAAGCUAAUGGAGCUAAGCAAUAUGAGAAGCUUGGUGUUCAUACUUACACAGGAAUUGUCUCUUUGUUUCUUGUGUGUAUUCCUCUCUCUCUUCUCUGGACAUACAUUGGUGAUAUACUUUCUCUUAUUGGACAAGAUGCUAUGGUUGCUCAAGAAGCUGGGAAGUUUGCAACUUGGCUCAUACCCGCGCUCUUUGGUUACGCUACUUUGCAGCCGCUUGUUCGGUUUUUCCAAGCACAGUCUCUGAUUUUGCCUUUGGUUAUGAGUUCAGUCUCUUCUCUCUGUAUCCACAUUGUCCUCUGUUGGAGCUUGGUCUUUAAGUUUGGUCUUGGAAGCCUCGGUGCAGCUAUUGCGAUCGGUGUUUCUUACUGGCUAAACGUGACUGUUCUUGGAUUAUACAUGACGUUUUCUUCUAGCUGUAGCAAGAGCCGUGCAACUAUCUCCAUGAGUUUGUUUGAAGGAAUGGGAGAGUUUUUCCGGUUUGGAAUCCCAUCUGCAUCUAUGAUUUGCCUUGAGUGGUGGUCAUUCGAAUUUUUAGUCCUGCUCUCUGGUAUUUUACCAAAUCCGAAGCUAGAAGCCUCUGUUCUCUCAGUCUGUCUUUCAACACAAUCCUCCUUGUACCAAAUCCCAGAGAGUCUCGGUGCAGCAGCAAGUACAAGAGUUGCAAACGAGUUAGGAGCUGGAAACCCGAAACAAGCUCGAAUGGCGGUUUACACAGCGAUGGUUAUAACAGGUGUAGAAUCAAUAAUGGUGGGUGCAAUAGUCUUUGGUGCAAGAAAUGUAUUUGGUUACCUAUUCAGUUCUGAAACUGAAGUUGUAGACUAUGUAAAAUCAAUGGCUCCACUGCUUUCUUUAUCGGUCAUAUUCGAUGCCCUUCACGCAGCUCUCUCGGGUGUGGCUAGAGGAUCAGGGAGGCAAGAUAUUGGGGCAUACGUAAACCUAGCAGCAUACUAUCUCUUUGGAAUACCAACUGCUAUACUAUUAGCUUUUGGGUUUAAAAUGAGAGGAAGAGGACUCUGGAUUGGAAUCACAGUUGGGUCAUGUGUACAAGCUGUUUUGCUCGGUCUUAUCGUAAUCCUCACUAAUUGGAAAAAACAGGCGAGAAAGGCUAGAGAAAGAGUGAUGGGUGAUGAGUAUGAAGAGAAAGAAAGUGAAGAAGAACAUGAAUACAUCAGCUAAAUCAAACAGUUUCCAUUCCAUCACCAUUAAUCCGUUAAAUGUUGUGUGUUUUUAUUAAUUCGAUGUUUGGUAUUGUUGUUUUCGAGUAUAGUAAUGAAGGAAUUGAUUGUUCACAUGAGUUUUUGGCCUCUUCUUUCUUUCUAUUCACAUGAUAUGGUCCUCUCAG